AUGGCUUUUGGUCAGGAACAAGUCAAUCGGAUUGCACUUGUCGGACUAGGCGGCGUUGGCAAGACACAAAUAGCCCUACAGUUUGCCUACCAGACCAAAGAGAAACUCCCACAUUACUUAAUCUUCUGGAUACCUACGUUGAGUGACGAAGGUGCUGAGCGUGCCUACAUGGAGAUUGCCAGAAAGCUUGGUGUUCAUAAGGCAAAUGAUGAUUAUGACGUGAAGGAGCUUGUUUGCCAGCAUCUAGCAUCAGGCAAAGCUGGAAAGUGGCUGUUGAUUGUGGAUAAUGCGGACGACCCUGAUCUCAUACUUGGAAAUGAGGGGAACCCUGGCUUCGAAAGAAAUCUACCGCUGAGCGAUAACGGGGUUGUUUUGAUCACGACGCGGACUCGACAGAUUGCUGUCGAUCUUGCCCACAACAAAGAACUGGUCCUCAACCUCCUUGCAAAGUUAACCUUUCUUCCAUUGGCCAUCACUCAGGCUUCUGCGUACCUCAACCAAAACAAGGCGCCCAUACGAACGUACCUGAAGCUUCAGGAGGGCGCUGAGACUGAAGUUUCGAAAGUCCUUGGAAAAGAAUUUCGUGACAAUACGCGAUACAGAGGUACCCGAAACGCUAUAGGAACAACGUGGAUUGUGUCAUUCAAUCAGAUCCAAAAGUCGGCCCCUCUUGCGGUUAAUUUGCUAUCAUUCAUAUCCCACAUCGAACCAAAGGCAAUUCCCCAGUCCAUGCUACCUGGAGCGGCACCUGUAGAAUCUGCUUCGGCUAAGAGCAGAGACUACUCUUGGGAUGUCAUACCAUCAGAACGCUUACUGGAAGACGCGUAUGCUCACGUUCAACGAGUCAAUGAUGCAAUUGAGAUCCUUGAGCAUGUGGUAGACGUGCAAAAAGGCUUAGAUGAGGAAGAUCCUGUUCGACUACAAGCGGAGCACGGGUUGGCAGCUGCAAAUCUUGCGAAUGGCCAAAUAGAAGAAGCGAUUGAUGCAUUAGAGCAUAUUGUAGCGGUUCGAGAGAGAACGCUACAAGCGACUCAUACCGAUUGUCUAGGGUCACGCAUGUUACUAGGAGCUGCAUUUUUGGAGAGUGGGCAGACUGAAAAUGCAAUGGAGUUAUUCGAGAGUUUGAAGUCAACUAGUAUGGAGAUACUUGGGGAGAAUGAUUUCAUACGGCUGUCAAAUGAACACCACCUUGGAGUGGCCUAUUCGCGAUUGGGGCGAAUCGAGGAUGCAAUCCCCAUUUUGGAGCAUGUGGUAGAAAGUAGGAGGAGUAUCUUGCUUGCAGAGCAUUCUUGGCGAUUAGCAUCAGAGUUCGACCUAGCCAAUAUAUACUGGCAUGCCGGACGGAUCGAGGAAGCUAUCGAGAUUUUGGAACAUGUUGUGUCCAUUGAAGCUGACAUCUUGAUGGAAGAUGACUCUAGACGACGGGUAUCAAAGCGCUUACUGCAGGACUGUCAUGAGAGCAUUCAGGAGGUUGUCGAUUGA